CCCCGCUCGAUCUUGUACAAGCAGUCAUUCAAUCAUGGUUGCACGUAUAUAAUAGAGUGAGUAGCCGUUUCCUCCUCGUUUUUGUUUUCUGUCUCUUUCAUCCCAAUUGAAUCAAUUCUUCAAACACCCAUCAACUUCAACUUUAUUGGUACCGCCUCCACAUCCUCCUGACAACUCAAACACCUUUUUCACACUCCUCUUACGAAACCAUCAAAUCCGUUCGAACACGUCGACUGAAUCAAUCAGCAACACCUAAACUCCCUCCACCACAAAUACACAACAUGCCUGUCCGCGUUCCCAAGCUUCCCGCUGCCAAACCCUCAGAGAUCUUCUGCAUGGGUGCGGCCGGUGUUGGCGUCUUGACACCCCUCUAUCUCGUCAUGCCUGGCGCUGAGGAGCGUCUUUCCAACCAGACCAACAAGUGGGCUCCACGAUGGGAGAGGAACGUCAGCUACUUCAUUCCUCCCAUGGAGAAGGGCGUCCAGCGCAUUGAGCCUCCUGUGUCCAGAAUGGUCCAACGUGUUGAGGACCGUCUUCCUCUUGAAAAGAUGGCCAAGUCAGUCGACAAGGGCAUUCGAAGUGGUAUCGCUCGAUUCAAUGGCGAGAACAAGCCCUAAGAACAUAUUUCAUCUGUCUGCGACCAGCCUUUACCGGGCGCGGGUCUUUCCUUUGUACAUUAUCAUUAGCAUACCCCGGGUAGAUGACACAUCGUUCACGAAAACCCAUACAUGAAUUCAAUGAUCUUAUCUUGAUAUGAACUCUUUUUUACCUCAUGGUGACUUGCGUCUUGGUGAUGCUUCGCGUUUCUCAUGCGUAAAGGUCAUUGAGGUCUCCAUCACAUCCCAUGUGUUUUCAAUCUCAUUGUCCUGUUCUUGGCAUUAGUUUUGAACUCAACCUGUAGAUUGCCCCAAAUAGCAUUUCAUCGUUUACCAUGCUAGGAUUUAACACCGCA